UCCGUCUUCCCCUCCCCAAUUUCCUUGCUCUCUCUCACUCUCAAUCUUCUUUUCAUCGUCUUCUCAGCUGCUAGUCGUACAGUACUGCUGAUGCUGCGUUAAGCAAAGACUCUUCCAAGACAAGACGGUGCUCCUCGCUGCUCCCGCCAUUGCUGCCUGCUUCUCUGCUACAAAGCACGCUCCUUUUGUUGCCUCCUUACUCUGCUUCCUCUCUGGUGUCGUAGCUCACAAGGCUUUCACUGCUUUACUGCUUUGGAAGCCCAUCCGUAGCAGAAAUAUGUAGAAUACUCGGCCUUUUUGCUCCGGGAGAGUCGUCGCUGUUAUUGUUGCCAUUGAUGCGGAUCGCGCUAGCCAAAUCCCUGCCGACUUUAUUCGCCUGCGACGUGGGAUUGCAGAGGAAUCGCUUUAUCCCCUCGCUUUCUCUCUUCCUUCCUGCUUUACUCUUUCAUCCGCUCGAUCGCUUUUUUGGAGUCCAAAAGUUGAGUUUUUUGAGCUGGUUUUGCUGAUGCAGGAGCAGGAAUCGCAGUGAAAAGCCGUAAAAAUUGGAUUUUGAUGGUGGUUUUGCUGAUCCAGGAACAGGAAUCUUUGCCGGAGAUCUUAAAAAUUGGAUUUUUAGCGGUGGUUUUGAUUCCCAUGUUGCCUGGAGCGAUGGAGGAGACGCUUUUGUUGCGGACGGAGCACGUCGCCGUGACCCGGAAGCCAGUCUCCCCGCCGCACUCUCGGACAGUGCGCAUCUUCUGUGACGACUUCGACGCUACUGACUCCUCCGGCGACGACGAGGAGCGCCCCCGGCUCCGCGUGCGCCGGUACGUGCAGGAGAUUCGCCUGCGUGCUAGGCCCGCCAAGGUGCCGCCGCGGAAGACGAAGGUGGCGCUAGAGAGGGGUGGGGACGACGGCAUCGACGGGGGAGUGAAGCGGUUCCGAGGCGUGCGGCGGCGGCCAUGGGGGAAGUACGCGGCGGAGAUCCGCGACCCCUGGCGUCGUGUCCGGGUGUGGCUCGGAACCUUCGACACCGCGGAGGAGGCCGCGAAGGAGUACGACUCAGCCGCCGUCCGGCUUCGCGGCCCCGGCGCUGCCAUCAACUUCCCUGCGCCAUCCGCCGCCGUUGACUAUGGCAACUUAGCGGACGACACGCCCGGCCUCUGCUCGCCGACCUCCGUCCUCCACGACUUCUCCCCCGCCUCCACCACCACCUCCCCCUCCUCGCCUCCAGAGUCGUACCGCACUUCCGGCGGCGGGAGCCUGCCAAUGGAGCUCGGCGAGUCAACGGCAUUCGAGGUUCCGCCGCUGCUUGACGACUUCUUAGACGUCGUCGCCGGGUCGGCGCCGGGGAGCUACUUCGACGACUCCACUCCGAUCGGCUUCUUAGCGGAGGAAAUGGGCGACGCACUCGUGGGAUCCGGGCUUGGGCUGGAAUUCGGACCAUCGGGGUGGGAGGACGGCGAGUAUUUUAGCGACAUCGGCGAUUUAUUUCCGACGGCGCCUCCUCUCCCCGUAUAAUUGCCGAAUUUUAGUUUUAUCAAGGGAGACAGAGAGGGUUGCUUUCACUUUGACUUUGACUUCAAACGAGUAACAAUUUCCAACUCGUAUCACAUGAUGAAAU